UCGCAGAGAUCCCUCCGCGGGGGCGUGGCCUCAGUUUGAAUUUGCUGGCGGGUAGUGAGGCUAGUUCGCUUCUCCAGGACGUGGUGUGUCCAGGCGUGCGGCGGCCUGCAGGAGGCCCACCCGGGUCAUUUCUUGAGCCUGUCUCUGGUGCUUUCUGAAGUGAAUCCUGCGUGACGCUUGUCGUCGUCGUCUGUGGGAACCUGCGGGCCUCGGGCGGGAGAGAUGGAUGCAAGUUCACACGACAAGCAGCCCUCUGAAGCCAGGGAGUGUGUCGUUAAUAAUUCUGGAAAUGCCUCUUUUAUCUUGGGAACCGGAAAGUCUGUGACGCCUCAGAAGCGUGUAGAAGACGCGACUCCUAAUCUUUGCACCCCCGUUACGGUUAAGUCACCUUUGAACUUCUCCACGAUAACCGUAGAGCAGUUGGGAAUCACCCCUGAAAGCUUUGUUAAGACCCCUUCAGGAAAGUCAGCUUCCCUUCAGAAGACCAGGAGACGUUCUACAGUUGGUGUCCGGGGCUCUCCGGAAACAAAUUGCCUGAUCCGUUUCAUUGCUCAACAGCGAAGCCUAAAGAAUGCUGCAAGAUCUCUGUUGACUCAGAAUUCCCCCUUUCAGGGUAGCCCGGGACUCUAUCGACAUGCCAGUGCAUUAAAAGAGCGAAUGGCUGCUUUCCGGUCAGCUUUUCACUCAGUACAGGAAACUGAAAAGAUGGCUGGUGGUCCCGCAGCCUCAAAGGCAGAUGGCGAGUCUAAGACAUCAAAUUUGACAAAAAAAGAAGGUCUUGUUGAAUACCAGCAGUCUGGGUUCCCUCUAAACUCAUCUUCAAAGCGGCGGAGAAUAUCCUCCCAAAACAGCCCUGAUGACCACCUCAGCAGUGCCAAAGGGAAAGUGGUGUGUGGUCAGAUGCUCGCCGACCAAUCCUGUGCUAUAGGCACCUCUGCAGAUCUUGCUGAGAAGUCAUCUGACAUUGGUCCAGCCCAGCCUGGCUGUUUAGUUGCUCCCUGUCCAGAGCUCAUGGAGACCUCACAUGGACUUGGAGUUGCUGACUGUGUAGAGGACACACAGUCAGUUGUUGCUGUUCCACUAGACACACCUGAAGCACAAGUGAACGCAGACACAGCCCCUGCCAUCAGAUCAUCUCCUGUGUUUGGGAGCAGCACUCCCUCUAAGACUUUUGUGCUUCGUUCUGUGUUGAAGAAACCUGGUAAGCUGUUUGCAGAGAAUGGAAAGGAAUGCAUCCUCUAUGAUAGUGGGUCUCAUCUAAUCCCAGAUCCUUCAAACUGCAAAGAACAAAGAGCAGGUAGAGAAAACUGUAAAACACCAGGCUUCCUGAAUCUGAAGAAGAGGAAGAGAGUUACUUUUGGAGAGGACUUAAGCCCUGAAGUGUUUGAUGAAUCUUUACCAGCCAAUACUCCGUUGUGUAAAGGAGGAACACCUGUGCGUCAAAGAAACUUAAAUGCUGCCAGUCCCCUGCAGUCACCAGUUCAUGAGCAGUUACUUCAGCCAAAUUUUGAUGACAGUGAGGAGAAUCUUGAAAACAUAGAACCAACUCAGAUACCAAUUGCAAUUCUGAGUCCUAGUAAAUCUUCAUUCUCUGAGACUCUUCCAGGCAUUGACACUUGCAGUUCUUUAGGUAAUCUUGAGCAAAUAAGCUAUAAUGUCGGUAGACCAACACGGAUUUCUCACAGAAGAAAGCAGGUGAUGAGUUCUGCAGGAGGGGUUGUGUGCAACUCAUACACUACAGAAGCUGAGCCCUGUAAAGAGAAGAACAUGAACAGGAGGACAUCUCAAGAAAAAAAAUGUAUAAGCAAUGCACUUCCUGGAAAGAAACAGGUUUUGAAAAGUUACAGAAAAAAGAAAAGAAGGGGGAAGAAGAGUGUUGAGAAAAGUUUAUACGGGGAAAGAGACAUGGCAUCUAAGAAGCCGCUCCUGAGCCCUAUCCCUGAGCUGCCUGAAGUCUCUGAAAUGACACCUCUGGCUGACUGCACGCAGAAGAUAUGUUCAGAUGAUUUCAACGUAAGUGACAAACAGGAAGAAGUGAUCUCUCUUGAAAUUCCUGCAAAAAGAAAGAGACUCUUGACCCAGGAGGAAGAUUUGCCUGAAUUCGAUCCAGCUUUUGAUCAGUCUCUUGUGUCUGAAUUGUGCUGCUGCGUGUUGCCGGUCACUGCUGCUUCUGUAGGAGGGCCAAAUGCCAACGCCGGGGACACAGGCAGAGCCGGAAAUUCCAGUACAAAAAUUAAGCAUCAAAGUGCAAACGAACCAAAAACUGAGACCAAGACUGAAAACAGUCCUAUGCCUUGUGCUUCUGUGACACGAGAGCACGUUGUGUCAGAUAAUCCAAAGCCUCUGUGUAUCCCCUGGUGCCAGGAAUUUUCUGAGACUGAUAAAGAAAAUCCUUGUGAGGUCCUUACGGUUUCAGAGAAUAUGAAUAUGAAGUGUGAGGAAGAGAGUGCAUGCCCAGCUCCAAAGGGGAAUCUGCAGUGCGACCCUGUCACAUCUGACUCAGACAGGGGGGGUAAUUGUUCAGAAGAUGUCCUAGUUGAAAAUCUGAAAGAAACCACAAGCCACAGUGAGACCGUGGGAAGAAAAUGUUCAGAAAACGGCAGCCUCAUGAGUGGUAGAGAAAGGAAACGGAGGAGACUUUCUAUGCUUUGCUGUGAGGGUCAAAGUUCAUACCUGGAACAAAAGGGGGACUCCACAUCUUCCAACAGUGGGGGAAGCUCUGUAGAAAUUAGCUUAAGAAAUCCCCAGCUGUGUGAAGAUUUAUCUGAUGCCAUAGAGCAAAGCUUUCAGAGAACAAACACUAAACUCAAAGUAAGGCGAAGUACAAGGCUCCAGGGAAACUUGGAUAGCACAGGGCUUAUAUGGAUAUUGCCUCCCACUCCUCCUACAUCCCAGAAAACCAAAAGGAGAAUGACAAUUUGUGCCUUUGACAGCAGAAGACUUCAAAGUAUGUCCUCCAGAGAAGACACUGUAUCCUCAGGACAGACCCCAAAUCCCCUGCCAUCCAUCCCAGGCAGUGGGUGCCAGGGUAUUGGUUCUUCUAAGCUACCUGGGAAAAGGAGGAAGAGCUGUGUGUAUACACUCCCAAAUGCUGAGAGUACCACUGAGCCACCACACUUCAAGAGAAUACCCUCUCUCAAGAAGGGAGAAAGCUCUCAACUGCAGUGAGGGGCUGGGCACAGGAGAACAAACCGAGGCAGGAACUGACUGUUCCACCUGGCAUUGACUGUUAGGAGGGAUCCCAGCCCCUCCCUCCUACUUCCAUCUCUAUUCAGCUUCAGUGCAUUGCAAGUUUCUAAUAAAAAGCAUUUGAGUUGUGAUGACUUUAAGUAGAAAUGAGUGGAUUUCUUCAUCAUCCAAAAGAAAAACAUGAUUAUGUAUCUUCUCCCCGCCAAAUGCUAAGUGUUUAUUAGUCUUUUGCUAAAAUGUUUGUUUCUAGACCCAACAAUGUGUUUCUGCAUUUUUAUUCCUGGUAAGUCACAUUUACCACUGAAGGCUUAGACUGUUAUGGAAAACAGCCUUUAGGAUGGCUUACUCUUUAGUUUGCUUGGAUGACUUGGUUGUCUGUCUCAAACCAGUUUUCCUUUGGUAAUUAAGUGAAAGUGGGGUCCUGCAUUGAAAAUUUUCUUCAAUGACUGAACUCUAGAUCCAUUGUUAUAAAUGAAUAUGUAAUUAGAAAUGACUAUGCAAUCAUUCUUCUAGGUGGUUCAAAUCAGUCAUAGGUAAUUCAGAAUUUAAUAAUUGUUUACUAUUAAAUUUAUUUUGGAAAAGUAGAAACUUGAAUGUGUUCUAGAAAAUUUGUUUACCAACGCAAAUAAAUCAUGGUGUAGGUUACUGAUUUCUUUUAACCACAUUUUUCAGCCUUUGAAACUUUUUGUUUUCUGAUAUCCAUACUGUCACUUGCUUGUCCUCUCUGAGCUUAGCUUUUGCAACUCCCUAGCCUUGGUGGCAAAAAUUUAAAAAUCUAAACUGCCUGCUGUAUAUCUGGAAUCUGUGAAUGUAAUAAAUCAUCUUAUCAUUAAA